AUGCAGGCCCACCUCAGCCACCAGCGUUGCUGCAGCAGCCUCCCCAGCCCCAAUGUUCGUGAGGCGGCUUCCAUGUACGGUACUGCUGUGGCCAUCUUCCUGGUCAUCCUGGUGGCUGCGCUGCAGGGCUCAGAGCCCCCGGAGAACCCCUUCCCCUACCGCGUCCCCCUGGACCCUGAGGGGAUCCUGGAGCUCUCGUGGAACGUCAGCUAUGUGCAGGAGACCAUCCACUUCCAGCUCCAGGUGCAAGGGCUGAUGGCUGGGGUCCUGUUUGGAAUGUCGGAUCGAGGCGAGAUAGAGAACGCCGACCUCGUCAUGCUCUGGACUGAUGGGGACAGAGCCUACUUUGCGGACGCCUGGAGUGACCAGGAUGGGCAGAUCCACCUGGAUGCCCAGCAGGACUACCAGCUGCUCCAGGCCCAGAGGACUUCAGAUGGCCUGUCCCUGCUCUUCAAGAGGCCCUUUGUCACGUGCGACUCCAAGGAUUACCUCAUUGAGGAUGACACGGUCCACCUAGUAUAUGGGAUCCUGGAAGAGCCGUUCCAGUCGCUGGAGGCCAUCAACAUCUCAGGCCUGCAUACGGGGCUGCAGCGGGUGCAGCUUCUAAAGUCGGAGUUCCCCACUCCACCCAUGCCUGCGGAUGUGAAAACCAUGGAGAUCCGGGCCCCUAACGUCCUCAUCCCCAACAAGGAGACCACAUACUGGUGUCACAUCACUGAGCUGCCCCCAGGCUUCACCCGACAUCACAUCAUCAUGUAUGAGGCCAUUAUCACGCAGGGCAACGAGGCCCUGGUGCACCACAUGGAGGUCUUCCAAUGCGCAGAUGAGUUUAAGACCAUCCCCAAAUUCAGCGGGCCCUGUGACUCCAACAUGAAGCCUGAACGACUCAACUAUUGUCGCCAUGUGCUGGCCGCGUGGGCCCUGGGUGCCAAGCCAUUUUACUAUCCAGAAGAAGCUGGUGUCGCCUUUGGGGGCCUGGGAUCCUCCAGGUAUCUCCGACUGGAAGUUCAUUACCACAAUCCGGGGAAGGUACAAGGCCGGAGUGACUCCUCUGGCAUCCGCCUACACUACACAUCUGCUCUCCGGAGCUACGAUGCAGGCAUCAUGGAGCUUGGCCUGGUGUAUACGCCCUUGAUGGCCAUCCCCCCUCAGGAGACAGAGUUUGUCUUGACCGGCUACUGCACUGAUAAGUGCACCAGGAUGGCACUGCCACCCUCUGGGAUCCACAUCUUCGCCUCACAGCUCCACACACACCUGACUGGCAGGAAGGUGGUCACUGUGCUCGCCAGGAAUGGCACAGAGAGGCAGAUCGUGAACAGAGACAACCACUACAGCCCCCACUUCCAGGAGAUCAGAAUGUUGAAGAAGGUUGUGUCUGUCUUACCGGGGGACGUACUUAUCACUUCUUGCACGUACAACACGGAAGACAGGAAGCUGGCCACGGUGGGAGGCUUUGGAAUCUUGGAGGAGAUGUGUGUCAACUAUGUGCACUACUACCCCCAGACAAAGCUGGAGCUCUGCAAGAGCGCCGUGGAUGAGGGCUACCUACAGAAAUACUUCCACCUGAUAAACAGGUUCAACAAUGAAGAGGUGUGUACCUGCCCUCAGGCCUCUGUGCCGGAGCAGUUUACCUCUGUGCCCUGGAACUCCUUCAGUCGUGACAUGCUCAGGGCUCUGUAUGGCUUUGCCCCCAUCUCCAUGCAUUGCAACAAGACCUCUGCCGUCCGCUUUGAGGGUGACUGGAACCUGCAGCCUCUGCCCAAGAUCACAUCCAAACUGAAAGAACCCAGCCUUCAUUGCCCGGUCCACCAGGCUCCGAACCCCUCUGACCGCGGUAGCGUGGUCAUCACAACCAAAGCAGGGGCCAAGUAGGCUCAUCUUCUGUGAGGCUGCUCCUCUGCCCCUCCUCAUGAUGUCCCCAUGGGCUCACACCAGCUCUGUGCACCCCUGUGUGAAGAAGUCCCUCAAGGAGCCUACUCCCUCCCCCUCCGAGACACCUGCGUGACUGACAAUCCCUUGACAGAGCAGACCUGAACAGCAUCUACCCACUGCUGCCUCCAUGUAGGGACAACUCACUCUGGGGGGUCCAGAUUCAACACUAUAGGACCUUACCCUGCCUCCAGAACGGCCUUGCCAGGCUGGGGGCAGACUCCCAAAGUCCCACAGAGCCCACCCUGUUAGUGCUCCAAGUGGUAACUUGUGUUGGUGUGUGCCGGGAUGGCCCUGCUUAAAUAUCUCUUUGCAGUGUGGCUCGUGUUUCCCAGUGGGCGGCUUCCCCAUGACAAGACAGGACAAGGCAUUUAGCUCAUUAGAAGACUCGCUUCGUGGCAAAGUAAAUAGAUAUUUUCGCCCACCUAAAAGGGAAACCCCAAGUGGUUCUAUGACAGAGAGCCAAGAUGGCUAGAGCCAGGCUCUGUGGGAGAAUGGGACAAUUAGAGCCGGUUGCUUUUCCUGCUGGUGAGAGGCCAGGCUCUAGAAUAGGUAGGUGAAAACUUGGCUUGGUCCCUUAAUAAAGGAAGGGCUAGAGCAAGCCACUUAGCAGUAGCUGUCUGACCCUCAGUCUUCUUGCCU